CGCGUUUUCAGACUUCGAACUCAAUCCCUGAAGUCAUUUUUUUGUAUUGUCAGUGAUAAGUUUUUGACCGUCUGAUCAAGAAAUGGCCGUGUCCAGCUGUGCUAGGGUUUUCACGUCUUUCCAAUGCCGUUCAGAUCCGGAUUUCUCCGGCGUCCCACGGUCAGAUGCUCCGGGCCCGGGAAGAUUCUCCGGCAGACUCGACUCGGCUCUGAGUCGGGGACCGUUCGGGAUGUCGUCCCUGAUCUUUAGGUUUCCGCCCAACUUCGUGAGGCAGCUGAGCAACAAGGCUCGGAGGAACUGCAGCAACAUCGGCGUCGCACAGGUGGUCGCGGCGUCGUGGUCGAACAGCCAGGCGGCGUCUUCUGGCGUGGCGCCGGCGGCGAAAGCCGUCGACGCCACCGCGGCCGCCGCCGCCGCCCUCGCGCCGGUUGAGAUUGCGACCGGUGAUGAGGAGGUUGUGGUGGUUGAUAAUGGUUGCUGUAAUGGCAACGGUGUACAGUUUGAGGGUUUGUCCUCAUUUUUGAGCUCCGAUGGGAGCGUCGCAGUUCAUGCCGGUGAAAGAUUAGGUCGUGGCAUAGUUACUGAUGCAAUAACUACCCCAGUAGUUAAUACAUCUGCUUACUUCUUCAAAAAAACUUCUGAGCUCAUUGAUUUCAAGGAGAAACGCCAUACAAGUUUUGAAUAUGGUCGCUAUGGAAAUCCAACUACGGUGGUUGCUGAGGAGAAGAUAAGUGCGCUUGAGGGAGCUGAAUCAACCCUGUUAUUGGCAUCUGGAAUGUGUGCUAGUACUGUCAUGUUAAUGGCAUUGGUUCCAGCUGGAGGUCAUAUCGUGACAACCACAGAUUGCUAUAGGAAGACGCGUAUAUUUAUUGAAACCAUUCUUCCCAAAAUGGGUAUCAAGGCCACUGUUAUUGACCCUGCAGAUAUUCAAGGCCUUGAAUCUGCACUUGAGAAUAACAAAGUUAGUCUUUUCUUCACUGAGUCUCCAACCAAUCCAUUCCUGAGAUGUGUGGACAUUGAGUUGGUUUCAAAGCUUUGUCAUGCGAAAGGGGCACUUGUCUGCAUAGAUGGAACAUUUGCAUCACCUCUCAAUCAGAAGGCCCUUGCUCUUGGUGCUGAUCUUGUUCUACACUCUGCAACAAAAUUCAUUGGGGGCCACAAUGAUGUCCUUGCAGGUUGCAUUAGUGGUUCUGAGAAGUUGGUUUCAACAGUGCGUAAUUUGCAUCAUAUUAUCGGUGGUGCUCUCAACCCGAAUGCCGCAUAUCUGAUCAUCCGAGGCAUGAAGACACUGCAUCUUCGUGUACAGCAGCAAAAUUCAACAGCAUUGAGGAUGGCCAAGAUUUUAGAGGCGCAUCCUAAGGUGAAGUGCGUAUAUUACCCAGGCUUGCCAAGUCAUCCAGAACAUGAAAUUGCCAAGCGGCAAAUGACUGGUUUUGGUGGUGUGGUCAGUUUUGAGGUUGAUGGAGAUUUAUUGACCACUGCAAAGUUUGUGGAUGCAUUGAAAAUCCCAUAUAUCGCCCCAUCCUUUGGAGGCUGUGAGAGCAUCGUGGAUCAGCCAGCAAUAAUGUCUUACUGGGAUCUUACUCAAUCAGAGAGGGCCAACUAUGGGAUCAUGGACAACUUGAUUCGGUUCAGCUUUGGCGUUGAAGACUUCGAGGACUUGAAGGCUGAUAUCCUUCAGGCUCUGGCAACUAUUUAAGGCGCGCGACUCACCUUCCCAUUGUUUUCUUCUCUCUUUUUGUUUGUUUGUUUGUUUUUUUGUUCCCUCCAUUUUUCCGUGUUUUCUGGUUCUAAUUGGUGUUAGGCCACCAAACGUUGUCCUUCGCCGUAGUUGAAGAAAUUUGAUCCCAUUUGAUAAGAUUGGUACGUUUGUCCUUGUCA